AUGCAAAUUGCUGCCUGCAUUCUGGGCUUUGCGGCUCUCGUCGCCGGUCACGGCUACGUUGACAAUGCUACUAUCGGUGGAACCUACUAUCAGCCAUAUUCAGAUCCCUACAUCAACCCUCUUCCCAAGAGAAUCUCUCGCCCUAUUCAGGGCAACGGCCCUGUCGAGAGCGUCACUUUGAUCGAUCUCCAAUGCGGAGGGUACACGGCAGGAGGCAUCUCUGGCUCGCAGCCCGCAGCCCUCCACGCCCCAGCUGCGGCGGGCUCGACCGUCACGCUUCGCUGGACCCUGUGGCCCGAUUCCCACGUCGGACCUGUGAUCACCUAUAUGGCGCGGUGUCCCGAUGCCGGAUGCAAUGACUGGCAGCCUGGGACCUCUGCUGUCUGGUUUAAGAUCCAGGAAGGUGGACGCACCGGAACCUCCAAUACAUGGGCAUCGAGCCCCCUCAUGGUUGCCGGCUCUAUUGCGCAAUACACCAUCCCGUCUUGUCUGAAGCCCGGUUACUACUUGGUCCGCCACGAGACCAUUGCUCUCCAUGCUGCCUCCUCCUAUCCAGGUGCACAAUUCUACCCCGGGUGCCAUCAGCUGCAAGUUACCGGCUCCGGAGCCAAGACGGCUACGUCUCUGGUAGCCUUUCCUGGCGCAUACAAGGCGACCGAUCCUGGGGUCACUUACAAUGCUUACAGACCGUCGACUUACACCAUACCUGGCCCUGCCGUUUUUACCUGCUAA